CCGCCUCGACCAACCCAUCCAUUCCCCCAUUCCCCCCCUCCCUCUUCUCUCCUCCCGACCUAGCCACGACCAUGAUGGCCACGCUCGCGAGGAGAUCGAUGGUGGCCUUGGGCCGUCGCGCUCUGUGCUCGGGCAGCGACCUGGAGGCGGCGGCGCGCGAAGUCGUGUGCUCCGGGGCGGGGAGCCUCGACGAGGUGGGCGGCGCGCUGGACCGCCUGGGCGUGGCCGUGUCGCCGGCCAUGGUGGCGAGGGUGAUCGAUGCGUGUAGCGAGAGGAUGGGUUCAGGGAGGAGGCUGCUGCGGUUCCUGUCCUGGUGCCGGUCCAAGGACGCCGGUGGAAUUGGGGACGAGGCGUUGGAUAGCGCGAUCGCGGCGCUCGCCCGGAUGGGGGACCUCACCGCGAUGAGGAUCGCCGUCGCCGACGCGGAGAAGGAUGGCCGGAGGAUGUCCCCGGAGACGUUCACCGUUGUCGUCGAGGCACUCGUGAAAUUGGGGAAGGAGGAUGAGGCUGUUCGGUUGUUUAGAGGCUUGGAGAGGCAGAGGUUGCUGCCUCGGCGCGACGCGGGUGAUGGAGGGGAAGGCGUGUGGUCGAGCAGCCUUGCAAUGGUGCAGGCAUUGUGCAUGAAGGGCCAUGCUCGCGAGGCGCAGGGCGUCGUGUGGCACCACAAGAGCGAGCUCUCGGUAGAACCCAUGGUUAGCAUCGUUCAGCGUAGCCUGCUCCACGGGUGGUGCGUCCAUGGGAAUGCGAAGGAAGCUCGGAGAGUCCUUGAUGAUAUCAAGUCUUCGUGUACCCCACUGGGUUUGCCAUCAUUCAAUGAUUAUCUGCACUGCCUGUGCCAUAGGAACCUCAAGUUUAACCCUUCUGCGCUUGUCACUGAGGCUAUGGACGUCUUAUCGGAGAUGAGGUCCUAUGGUGUCACCCCGGAUGCAUCUAGCCUCAACAUCUUGCUUUCUUGUUUGGGACGAGCAAGAAGAGUGAAAGAAUCAUACAGAAUCCUCUACUUGAUGAGAGAAGGAAAGGCAGGGUGCUCCCCUGACUGGGUUAGUUACUAUCUUGUGGUCAGGGUCCUGUAUUUAACAGGGAGAAUUAUUAGAGGGAAAAGGCUUGUAGAUGACAUGCUUGAAAGUGGGGUGCUUCCGACUGCAAAGUUUUUCCAUGGUCUCAUAGGCGUUCUAUGCGGGACUGAGAAAGUUGACCAUGGGCUUGAUAUGUUCAGACUUAUGAAGAGGUGUCAGUUAGUGGACACACAUACCUAUGAUCUUCUUAUAGAAAAGCUUUGUAGGAAUGGGAGAUUUGAGAAUGGAAAGGAGUUGUGGGAUGAUGCUAAAAAGAAUGGCUUUAUGUUAGGAUGUUCAGAGGAUCUUUUGGAUCCCCUGAAAACAGAGGUAUUCAGACCAGUUUGUGCAGCACAAAAACUGAGUUCGCAGAGCAAUAAGCGCUUGGUCCAAAAGAAGAAGAUUGUAGGGCACGUUAUACUUAUGGACUCAACUCAGGAACAACAACAGGAUUUUGGUGUGCUACUGAAGCAGGGGGCGGAGGGAAGGGUAUUUGUUUCAACAUUUGUGGGACGGAAGUGUGUAAUCAAAGAGCGGUUUUCAAAGAAGUACCGACACCCAUUGUUGGACUCAAAGUUGACUCUUAAACGCUUAAAUGCUGAAGCUCGAUGCAUGACAAAAGCAAGAAAGCUUGGUGUUCCCACUCCAGUUCUUUAUGCCGUGGACCCACUUCUGCAUACAUUAACCUUUGAGUAUGUGGAUGGCUUAUCUGUGAAAGAUAUACUCCUUGGAUUUGGGUCAAACGGGAUCAAUGAAGAACAACUCAUUGACAUCGCCACACAAAUAGGAAAUGCAGUUGGCAAACUACAUGAUGGAGGCCUUGUUCACGGUGAUUUGACCACUUCAAAUAUGAUAAUCAAGAACAACACAAAUCAACUCGUUCUUAUUGAUUUUGGUCUGAGUUUCAUAUCAACUAUUCCUGAGGACAAAGCAGUGGACUUAUAUGUGCUUGAGAGAGCAUUGAUUUCUAUGCAUUCAUCAUGUGGUGAUGUGAUGGAGAAGAUUCUCACGGCGUACAGAAAAGCUUCAAAGCAAUGGUGCGCUACUACGAACAAGCUAGCUCAAGUCAGGCAACGUGGCAGAAAGCGAACAAUGAUUGGAUGAAAGUUAAGCUGGAACUUGCUGGACAAUACAGUUGCUCGACCAGAUGAUUCAACACUUUACAUUCUCAUUCCCUCAAUAUGUACUAGUUCAGUGGCAUUGCUUCAUGUAACAUUUGAAUGGAAAGGAAUCGUUAAUAGUGAUGAUUAUUUUAGCUUUCACUAUGAAUCGCAAAAAUAUUAUAUCUGCUAAUUUAGUGUAUCAGAUGCUGCGUUAAGGUGAAUGGUUUAUGGUUGUGAAUGGCAGUGCAUGUGAUUUGAGCUCA